AGCAGAGGAAGAGAAGCGCGCUGGGCUCGUCCAAGCUGUGAUCUGCUGCUUUGCCUGGAGAGGAGUUCCUGCCGACGAUGCCCCAAGCACGGCUGGAGAGACCUUGGAGAAGCCUUGACUCAUGACGUCCUCACGGGCCUUGUUUUAUGGCUCGGCUCCAGCCAUGUCCCCGCCUUCCAAAAACAAAUUCAAGCGUCAGAGUCGGAUAUUUUCUCAGGUCUUGUACCGAACGUUGAGCUACAAGGAUCGCAGCUCGGUGGCCGCCUACCCUGUGGAGAGCAAGGAUGAUCCGGCUGAGCUCUCCACCCAGAUCUCUGCCCCGGGGAUCCUCAAGGUGUUUGGGUGCCACAUCUGUGCAGGCACCCACUACAAGAGUGUCCUGGCGACAGCGAGCUCUGGCGCCCAAGAGCUGGUGAAGGAAGCGCUGGAGCGUUAUGGACUAGACAAGGCGAACGCUGGCCAUUAUGUCCUCUGUGACGUCAUUGGGCGGUUUGUGGGUUCGGAGAAACAGUGGCAGAUGGACGGGUUGCGGGUUCUCCGGGACAACGAGAAACCUCUCGUGAUCCAGGACCUCUGGAAGCCCCGGGAAGGGUUUUCCCGGCGGUUUGAGCUCCGGAAACGAUCUGAGGUGGAGGAGCUGGCAGCCAGGGACAAAGACACCCUCACGGCAGGUAUAAAUGCCCAGGCUCGGAAACUCCAGCGGAACCGUGCCAAAGGAACCAUGACUCUACUGACGGGAUGCAAAAGCCACUCCACACCGCCGCCGCCGCUCCGGCGCACCGUCAGCGAGACCAGCCUAAACCAGGCUGGCCCCCAGGACGAUGGAGACGAGCAGCAGCAAAAAAGGCAUUACUCCACAUUGCCAGAGGCCCUUCGAUGCAUGGAGAGCACGAGAAACGGGCAGCAGGUUCCCAUGGAGGAGCAGGGAGGCAGCAUCAUGCGCCACUCGCUCUACCAGUCUCCACAUUUCCUGCUCUUACAGGGCUACAGCCAGCAACAUGACAGUUUAGUUUACCUGCUGAACCGUGAUCAGCACACCGUAGGCCAAAGAACUCAAGCUAGCAAACCCAGCAUUAGCUUGUCAGCGCCGGAUAUUCUUCCUCUUCACUGCACCGUCCGGAGGAUUAAGGUGUCCGGUCGUUCCCACCAUCGUUCAGAAGAAAAGCUUGUUCUUGAGCCCAUCCCGGGAGCCAGCGUCUCUGUCAACUUCUCCGAGGCGGGGCAAACAGUCGUCCUCCACCACGGGGAUCUCAUCUCCCUUGGCCUUUACUAUCUGCUUCUCUACAAGGACCCCUUGAAAACCCAACCACUUCCGGCUCAGACCCUGAUGAGGCUCAAAGCCGUGCGCCGGGCUUCAGAGCCGGAGCUCCCUUCUACCUGCAAGAGGUGCGGCAACCAGGUGAAAGAGAAGUCCUCCUCUUCCAAGAAGCCAGGGCUGCAGCCUGCUUCUGGCCGGAGAGCCGGACGGCGGAAGCCGCAGCUGGAGUUCGACAAGGCCAACGAGGACGUGCUGCUGAGGAGAAUCAUCUCCCUCAUCGAGCCCACGGGGGAUGACCACAAACUGACCCCCGCCUUCCUGCUGUGUCUCUGCAUCCAGCACUCGGCUAACCGCUUUAAGCCGGGCGAGUUUGGGCAGCUGCUCCUCAAGUUGGCCAAGAUGAUCCAGAAGACAGUGUGGGAGAAAACGAACGAGCUCGCUCGGAAGCAGAGCCAACACCAGGAUCCAGCAUCCCUUUCUCAUUUCACCAUCGCAGAUCUGCUGCCGGACCUGCAACAUGUGAUCUUCUGGAUGUCUAACGCCAUUGAAAUCUUGUACUUUGCACAGCAAAAAUCCCCCAUUUACAUCCAGAACAUGGAAGAGGAGAUGGACAUCAAAGGUUCAAAGGAAUCGCUCUUUUCCUUAACCAUCACAGCCAGCGAGGAAGCCAUGACUGUCCUGGAGGAAGUCAUCAUGUAUACCUUUCAGCAAUGUGUCUACUACAUUUCCAAGUCGCUGUACGUAUCUCUCCCCAUCCUGCUGGAGUGCAACCCGUUCCAAAGCGAAGGCCGCGACAGCUGGCUGUCCUCCCCGCCACUGCCGGAGGAAAUCCGCAAGGUUGUGCUGGUCUACCAGGCCACCCUGGACCUUCUCCACCAGUAUGACGUCCACCAGGAAAUCGCCUCCCAAAUGUUCGCCUACCUCUUCUUCUUCUCCAACACUCUCCUCUUCAACCAGCUUAUGGAAAAAGGGUCCUCCCUGGGCUGCUUCCACUGGUCAAAAGGUGUGAGGGUCCGGGCCACCUUGCGGCUUGUCCUGGAGUGGGCCCAGAGCGCGGGCUUUGGCCAGCAGGCGGACCAGUUCUUCAACAAGCUCUCCAGCGUGGCUAGCCUGCUGGCCAUGCCGAAUUCUCAGCUGGUCCAGAUGACCUGGUCCAUGUUGAGGACAGAAUUUCCGGCCCUGAACGCUGCUCAGCUGCACCACAUCUUGACCCAGUACCAGGCCUCCUCCAACAUAGGAUGCGUACCUGGCUGGCAACCAGGCAAAGAGGAUAACCUGGGGGCCUUCAAGACAGACGAUAUCCUGGAGUCAUUUGACAACCACCCCCCGAUCAUGUUGCCCAGUGGGGGGUUCAAGGUGGACCUGGAGGUAGAACACGUGGACGACAACAUUUACCGCCACCUCCUCUACAUCCGUCACUUCCUGUGGAGCCUGAGCAGCAAAAGCCCCCACCCCAGCGACUCGUUGGAAGCGGAACCCCCAAAGACAGAAACAAUCAGCUGCCAAACUACCCCCCGAGUGGCUUCAGGGACUCCGCCAGCUUCGCUGCCACCAGGAAACUCCCUUGGCCAGGUCAACCACCGGCGACCAAUGAGUUGUGCCGAGCCGAAGGUGGAAAGCGGUCUCCCUGCAGUUGUGGGCACAAAUGGAUCAGCCCGGGAUUACAACCGCUGCGAGACGCAGGUCCAGCAGGUGCACCUGCAGGCCCCGCAGGGGAAGACCGGUCCCUACCCUGCUGUGAUAACAGCCGACCCGUCUUGCUUGCUGACCCCGCCGAACACGCCCCUCACCGUUGACCGCACAAGCCUCGACUUCACUCCCGAGGGCAUCCCUGGGAAACUGGUGGCAGAUUCUCGGAGAAACGGGCUCAGCGUCGCCAAAACCACAAGCUCUGAAGGCACUUCUCCGACCCCCUAUGAUUUCCCCACUCCAGCCUCCUCCAGCCGCAGCUCAGCAACCGAUGACUUCUGCUACGUCUUCGUGGUGGAGCUGGAAAAGGGACCCAUUGGACUGGGCAUGGGGCUGAUUGAUGGCCUGCACACUCCCUUGAACUCUCCUGGUAUCUACAUCCGAACCGUGAUCCAAGACAGUCCAGCAGCUGCUGAUGGCAGGCUCUCCAUUGGGGACCGCAUCCUGGCCGUCAAUGGCACCAGCCUCAUUGGUUCUGACUACCAAAGUGCUGUGGACCUCAUCCGAUCAGGAGGGAAGAAGCUGAGGUUUCUAGUGGCCAAAUCUGACUUGGAGGUCGCGAAGAAAAUCAGCUUCAAUUCUUCUCCUACCCCAUGAAGUGCUGUGGUUGAGAAAAUGCUCCCGGAGACCCCCCUCCUUCAGAUGCGGCAACAACAAGCCAAGCUGGUGGGGCAGGGAUGUGA